AUGCGGCGACAGUGCGUCAUCGGUGCCAAUGUGGACAAGGAAGGCCGUUUGUGCGGCGACGUGAAGGUCGUGCAGCCUGCCGUGUUCGGCGGGUCAACAUCUGCUACAGCUUCAGUGAGUGGGGGGGCAGGUUUGGCUCGAGAGUUUUCCCUGCGCUUGGCUUCACCCUGGGGCAGCUGCGACAGUGACUUCGAGGUCUUGCGCAAGACCCAGGAGGAGUCUGCGUGCGGCUACGCGAGUCUUUGCACGCAAGCGUUGCUGGAGCUCGGUGGCUUUCACGCGUCGGGCUGCGCCUGGCGGCUGUAUGGUGACUGGUCGUUGCGUGACCUGGACCCCAAGGGUGGCCCGACUCGGUACCCGUCCAUGCAGCUGCAGUCAGAGCGCCUUCGGUCACUGAAGACCAGCGUGAAGCUUCGCACGAGCUGGUACACCCCGCGGAGCCAGGUCCGACUCUCUGCGGAAGUAGCCGGCCCGCCUGGUGACGUGACCUUUGUGCGGACCGAAGCUCAAGCAGAGUUGUCGAUGCCUUUGGGAAGGAUUUGGACUUUGCCUUGGCAGGGCCACGCAUCGGCUGCUUGCGGCCUGCUGUUUCCCGCUGGGCGAAGUUGCCCGCAGGACCGCUUCCACCUGGGCGGGGCUUCCGGCCUCGCGGCACUCAAAGGCUUUGCAGAGCACGGCGCGGAGCCGCGGGCUCCUUGUGCAAGAAGGAAGGACGAGGACACGGCUGAGGAUGCCCAAGGUGGUGAGGCAAUGGCAUCGCUCUUUGCCAGUGCCUCCGCGCCUUGCCGCCUUCUCCCGGUGGACGGGGCUCGUCUUCUUUGCUUCCUGGGGUGCGGCGUGCUGCGCUCGAAUCGAGCUGAGCGCCUCCGGGCUUCGGCAGGGCUUGGAGUUGCGAUUCCUCUUGGCCCGGGGAGCUUGGAACUGACUUUUGCUCAGCCGUUGCGCUACUCUUCGCAUGAUGUUCUGCAGAAAUGGCAGCUCGGCCUCAGGCUACAACUCAUGGAAUGA